AUGCAGGCGUCCAAUUCCUCUCGUAUGAACUUUACAUUUAACAAUCAUUCCGCUGUAAAAGACGAACAAGAGGGCAUUCAUGUUGCGCAGUGCGUAUUGAAUGGUCCACUAUUUGACCAAAUUGAUGGCGUGUCAACUCUCUAUGAUUUGUUGAAAAAUUCAGUCAAACGUCAACCGAAUGACCCAUUUCUUGGAUGGCAUGAAUCGUUAACAGCUCCCUAUCAAUGGUGGACCUAUGAGCAAGUUUACGAGAAGGCAGUGGCUUGUGGUUCGGGUUUGCUUGAACUGCCCGAGUUAUCUAAUAAGGACGUGAAAUGUGUCGGAAUCUACGCCUCAAAUUGUCCUGCUUGGAUUAUUACUGAAUUCGGUUGCUGGGCUUAUGGAUUGACUGUUGUAACCCUUUACGAUACUCUGGGACAGCAAGCUAUGAUACAUAUCUGCAAUGAAGCUGAACUCACAGUUGCAGUUUGCGAUACCCCAGAGAGGGCUAGGAAGCUGAUUAUAUCUCGAAGUUCCUACCCAGAGCUUAAAAAUAUUGUCCUCGUCUCACCUCAAGGCGAAUUGGAACGUCUCCGCACAUUAGCAGCUGGGGAAAUUGAAAUUAUUCCCUUUGACGAUCUUCUGGUGAGUGAUGACACCUCGUCGAAGCUCUCUUUCUAUAUUGAUUCUGGUCUUUCAAUGUUACCCCACAACAAAAUUCGCAUUUUUGUUCGUGGAAUGGGGCGUCGAAAACCUCUUACCGUAAGUUUUAGAAGACUGUUUUAUUCCCCUUCUUGUCUCCUCUUGCGCGCCAUAAGAGCCACAUCAUUUGCUGUGCUGUCUUCUGCUUUUAGCCCCAUGGUGCAGAUGAUAUCGCCCUUAUCUGCUACACCAGUGGAACAACAGGCAAGUCGUCAACUCUCUUUUUUUAUCCCUGGGAAAAUUAAGUGUUUGAAAAGGCUCUCUCUGCUAGAAGCCAGCAUUGUGUGGAAUUUAUUUAAAAUUCCUAAUCUCUUUCAUUUUUACCAUGUAGGUACUCCGAAAGGACCGGUGAUUACAAGUCGCAAUCUUCUAGCAGUUCUUGCCGGCACACUGAAGCUAUUCGGCCCCUUCCUCACAAAGAACGAUGUAAUCCUCUCAUUCCUGCCGCUAGCGCAUAUUUACGAACAAUUCUGCGAGGUAAGUUCCAAUUUCUCCCUAAUGAUUGUCCUUAUUUUUACUCAGACAAAUCGGUACUUAACUUAUCUCCAAGGCCCAUAUGGGGCUGUGGGAACUCAAUUGUACAUUGUUUACUUGGGUGGUAGAAUUGGAUUCUACUCAGGAAAUGUUGCGACUGUGAGUGACGACAUGAAGGUAUUGAGGCCCACUGUCUUCACAACCGUUCCACGUCUGCUUUGCCGGAUCUUCGAUGCCGUCACACAGAAAGUCUCCAAAUCUCCUUUCAAAAAAUUCCUUCUAAAGUACGCUCUAAAGGAGAAGUGCCAUCAAGUUGACAAACAAGUAUUUAAGAACAAUUCAAUCUGGGAUACCCUGGUAUUCUCUCGAAUUCGAAGCAAAUUUGGCGGAAAUCUGCGUUUGGUUCUCGUCGCCGGGGCACAAGUUUCACCUCCUGUUCUACGUUUCAUGCGAGCGGUAUUUUCGUGUCCGGUAAGGAGUGACUUUAGACGUUCCUAUGAUUCAUCUACCACGUGUCAUUUAAUGUGUCAGACCACACUGGACAAAUAUCGAUUACUUUCCCUAAUAAUCAUUUCUAAUUGCAGUCUAGCGCAUAUGUACUUAGUAAUCAAUUUCUAUGAGUCAAGUAGAUUGUUUUCUUGGCAAGUCGGCAAACUAAGUACAAUUCGAUAA